UGUGGCGUUCAACGAGAAGCAGGAAGCCCAUUGUAAAUAUGACUCAAUGUUUCGCUAUACUUCUGUACACUUGAGGUCAAUGUCAUGCUGUACCCAUUAGUCGGCGUUUCACUAAACUGGUUUCUGCAGCUACAUUGUCAGAGCAGCCUAGCAGGUAACCCUGGUUUAACUAAACCGGACAUCCUCAGUGCUAGCUGAAGGCUAACUGUUAGCACCUGCCUGACCUAUGAACCUUUACCCCGUUUCAACUGGUUGUCACAAGUUGCAUACUGCAGCAUGUUACGACAUUCAUUCAAGUGACAUUACUGCACUGCACAUUUUGAGUCCAGACAUCAUGCUUCCCCGAGUGGGUAAAGAGUUGGUGGUCCGAAUGCGGUUCAACUGGCGGCCUUUUUUUGAGGGCCGAACCCUGCUGUUAACAAACACCCUGAGCGGAGGAGUAAUAUUGGGGCUGGGAGACAUCGUGAUGCAAAGCUGGGAGAACUUUAAGAAGCCUGGCCGAGUCCGAGACUGGAAGAGGACAGGAUGCAUGUUUACGGUGGGCUGCUCCAUGGGUCCCAUGCUGCAUUACUGGUACAUCUUUCUGGACAGAGCGUUCGUGGGUAGAGCUCUGAAAACUGUGGGCAAGAAGGUUCUGGUGGACCAGCUGGUCGCCUCACCAUUCUUGGGGAUGUGGUAUUUCUUAGGUAUGGGAGCCAUGGAGGGACACACUUUAUCCGAAGGAAUGAAGGAGUUUAAAGACAAAUUCUGGGAGUUUUACCGGGCGGACUGCUGUGUUUGGCCUGCCGCUCAGAUGAUCAACUUCUACUUCCUCUCACCCCAAUUCCGAGUUGUGUAUAUCAACUUUGUCACUUUAGGCUGGGACACCUACCUGUCGUACUUGAAACACAGAGAUGACAGCCCCCACACUGAGCCUUUAUCAGACAGCAGUGCUGUGGAUGUACAGCAGGAAGCACUCCCACCGUCUAAACCUCUGGAGAAGAAGAAUAAUUAGAGUUGGACUGAAUGCUUGACUCUUAUGUCAUAUAUAGGAGGCCAAGAACAUUUUGCUGUUUUUAUCCGUUCAAACUUAUUUUUCGGCCUUUGCAAAAUUGCAAUACUAAACACAAAACAGAUUUAUUUCUUCUCAAACAAAUGGUUCCUCUCUCAAGUUUAAAACGACCACCUGUUCCUGCAUGGACUCGGAGGAGUUUUGGAUGCUAAAGUGGAAGUGCUGGAACACUUGUUUUUUUAAAUUUAUAUCUGAAUGAUAUGCACUCCUGUAAGAAUAUUCAGGGAUGAAAAGCUGCUUUACUGCCUGUCAUGCGAUUUCCUCAGAUGGCAUGAAUGUAACCGCUGCCAUUAACAUGUCAUAACAUGGAUGGAGGGGUCAAACAAACACAACAGAAGCUGACCACUGUUUGUUUCCAGUGUGUUCCAGACAUCAACUCUGACAUAUUAGUGUACUUAAAUUACAUAAUGUUAUUUUGACCUAACUAUCAUCUUUCCAUACCUAAUCAAGUAGUUAGAAUUGACAACAUUGCCCUGUUUUAAACGGGAAAUGUUCAUACGUAUGUAACGUGUUGGUAUUGAGAACAUGACGUUAGAUGACAAGAGGUAAAAUGCGUUCAAUGACACGGUAAAUGUUGUUUAAGCAGCACGCUUUACGCCUUACCAUGAGCUCAUGUUGUGUUUUCAGUGUGAAGCUUUCAUCUUUUUUGUUUCACUCAAAGAUUUCAACUGUCAAAUAUCCAAUAGUGGCAUUCCUUUAUAUUUCUCGUUUGACAUGAAAUAUAAAACAGCUAUGAUUUUAUUAUCAUAUUUACGUGUGCUAUCCUUGCCUUAAUAUGUAGACCGGUGCUACAACAUGUUUUCAUGCCAAAUAACCCUGUCUGCAGUUUCUCUCUUUGAGGUACCGAUAAAAAUACCUCACUUUGUGAUUACGCUCAUACUCUAUAGAAUAAUUAUUAUAAAAUAAAAUAUUUACUAUAUUUUUAUCAUAUCAAACUGAAUCCUCAGAAACGUGUGGACUUGGCUGAAGAUGUGGAAUUCAUUUAUUUUUCAAACUGCAGUGUUCUUUACUAUGUCGAUGUGUGACUUGAUGAACUGUACUGUAACUCUACAGCUGUUGAUUUAUGAAUGAAGCACUCUUAGUUUUGGCAUAUCAGGUGAAUAAUCAGUAUUUGUGCUGAUAGACAUGAUGUUGACAUGAAAGUGGAAAUCUGUGAAGCAAUACUGUAAAUAUAUUUAAUUUCUUUGUUCAUCAUC